CCGGCCAACACGGCUAUACCUAUAAUCGCGUCUUGCUGCUAAUCUCUCUCUCUCACUCUCUCUCUCUCUCUCUCUUUCGGAGAUUCCAAGCUUGGCGAGGAAGAUCACUAUUUGGAUCUGUCGGAGAUCGAUCAAGAAGGUCAUAAUAACUGGAAGAAAAAACCUUGGGAAUGCUGAAAGAUGUGCUUCCACGCUAUGAAAUCAUCGCCCAAAUUUCCUGAGAUUCUAUCUCUUUCUAAGUUGCCUCUGUUCACUCUUAGUGAAAACGUCCACCAUAGUUUAGAACAGUUUCCAUCCUUCAAACUGACUAACCAUAGAUUACAGAAUAUAAUACCAUCCAUUAGUUCAGAUCAUUACCUUGGGGAUGACGGUUGAAAUCUCAGAUUGUAAGAUUCGGCUCCUGUGCAUAUAAUACAUCUUGUUAGUGUUAGAACAUAAAUCAAAUCGGAAUGGAAAAUAAAGAUUUUGUUUUAAUGAAAAAGUAUGAGAUGGGAAGAAUGCUAGGACAGGGAACAUUUGCAAAAGUUUACUAUGCCAAGAACAUAAAAACUGCCCAAACUGUUGCUAUAAAAAUGAUUGACAAAGAGAAAGUACUGAAGUUAGGACUUAUGGAUCAAAUCAAACGGGAGAUUUCUGUGAUGAGGCUGAUGAAUCAUCCAAAUAUUGUGGAUCUUUAUGAGGUCAUGGCCACCAAGAAAAAAAUUUACUUUGUGAUGGAGUACAUGAAAGGCGGCGAACUCUUCAACAAAGUUGCUAAGGGUAGGCUUAGGGAGGAUGUUGCAAGGAAAUAUUUUCAACAGUUGAUCACUGCAGUGGAAUUUUGCCACAGCAGGGGAGUCUAUCACCGAGAUCUAAAACCUGAAAACUUGUUGCUUGAUGAAAAUGGUAAUCUGAAGAUUUCAGAUUUUGGAUUGAGUGCUCUUGUAGAUUCUAAGAGACAGGAUGGCUUACUUCAUACGACCUGUGGAACUCCAGCUUAUGUAGCUCCUGAGGUGAUUGGCAGAAAAGGUUAUGAUGGUGCAAAAGCUGAUAUAUGGUCAUGUGGGGUGAUAUUCUAUGUUCUUUUGGCUGGUUAUCUCCCUUUCCGUGACUCGAACUUGAUGGAGAUGUACCGAAAGAUUGCAAAGUCUGAAUUUAAAUGCCCCCAUUGGUUUCCUCCAGAAGUUAGAAGGUUGUCAUCGAAGAUCUUAGACCCAAAUCCAAUUAGGAGAAUCUCAAUUGAAAAAAUCAUGGAGCAUCCUUGGUUCAAAAAAGGUUUUGAUGGAAAGCAAACAAAAUCUGCGACCGAUGCAGAAGACAUGACACCUAUUGAUGUUAUUAAUGGUGUUACUGCAAAUGAUAACUAUAUUCAGGAGGAGGAAAAGAAGGAUACGAUGAAGCCAAUAAAUAUGAAUGCAUUUGACAUCAUCUCUCUUUCGGCUGGAUUUGAUCUUUCAGGUUUAUUUGUGGAUCCUAGCCACAAAAAGGAAGCACAGUUCACUUCUUGGCUGCCUGCAACUGCCAUUAUCUCGAAGCUUGAGGAAGUUGCCAACUUUCUGAGGCUAAAAGUGCAUAAGAAGAAGAACGGAAUCAUGAAAAUUGAAGGAUCAAAGGAAGGAAGGAAGGGCUUUCUUUCAAUCGAUGCUGAGAUACUUGAAUUCACUCCUGCGUUUCACUUGGUUCAGAUGAAGAAAACCAAUGGGGAUACUCUCGAGUAUCAGAAACUGUGGAAGGAGGAUAUAAGACCUGCUCUGAAAGACGUUAUUUGGGGCUAGCAAGGUGAGCAAGGGCGUUUACAGCAACUGAACAGUACUUGAGGUUUAUCUCCAGCCAUUAAUGACCUUAUCAUAGCUGUUUUAUGCUGUCAUGAAAUUCUGUAUUAUAGUUAUCUCCAUGUUCUUUUAUGUCAACCGAAUUGUUAUCUUCUUAAACUGCUAGUUACAGGCCUACUAUAUGAUUAUAAGUUAAGAUUUAUCUUGUACAAAUGAAAUAUUUACUCUUUCAAAAUUAUAGUAGAGUUGUGGCUUGUGAUUAUGGAA